GCAAAAUUUGGCCCAAUUGUCCAAUUACGCCAGUUGCUGUUAAUGCGCGUUUUUGCGCGCAAGUCAUCGUCGCCCACUACCACCACCACUACGGCGCCUUUAUUCCCUAAAAUUUCUGUUUGGUUCCUGAGAAAAAUACGCAUCGAAAGACAGAGAUCGGCUAAUCACUAUUAUUCAGGUCUACUCUUAUUCGGUAUUGUGAUCUUUCUAACGGACAAACUAAGUCCCUUUUCAGAGCAGGACAGAGCUAUGGAUGAUAGUUGUGCUGUCUGUGCGGAGACACUUGAGUGGGUUGCUUAUGGACCAUGUGGCCAUCGGGAGGUCUGCUCAACUUGCACCAUUCGUCUCCGUUUCAUCUGCAAUGAUCGAUGUUGCUGUAUUUGCAAAUCUGAAUCCAGUAUCGUCUUUGUCACCAAGGCUUUAGGUGAUUAUACAAGGAUGAUAAAUGACUUCUCUGCUUUCCCAGCCAAUCCAAUUGAAGGCCAAGUUGGGCAGUAUUGGUUUCAUGAAGGUGCACAAGCAUAUUUUGAUGAUCUGGAUCACUACAAGAUGAUAAAGGCCAUGUGCAGGCUAUCAUGCAAUUUUUGUGACAGAAAGGAUGAACAUAGAAGCAGAAGAACAAAAAGAACAGGAGAUUUUAAUAGCAUUGAGCAGCUGAUGAGUCAUUUGUUCCACCAGCAUAGACUGUUUAUGUGCAGCUUGUGUUUAGAAGGCAGGAAGAUAUUUAUAAGUGAGCAAAAGUUAUAUAAUAGAGCACAGUUGAAUCAACAUGUGAAGACUGGUGACUCAGUUGUUGAUGGUAGUGAAAGUGAAAGAGGUGGAUUUAUGGGCCAUCCUAUUUGUGAAUUCUGCCAGAACCCGUUCUAUGGGGACAAUGAGCUUUACUUGCACAUGUCUACUGAGCAUUUUACUUGCCAUAUAUGCCAAAGGCAGCAUCCAGGACAAUUCGAGUACUAUAAAGAUUAUGAUGACUUGGAGAUUCAUUUUCGCCAAGGACAUUUUUUAUGUGAAGAUGAAGGCUGCCUGGCAAAAAAGUUUAUUGUUUUUGCAGCUGAAUCUGAAAUGAAGAGGCAUGAUGCCACGGAACAUGGAGGGCGCAGGUCUCGUGCUAAGCGUAAUGCUGCACUGCAGAUACCGACAAGUUUCUGGUAUCGGCGAAGUUCUGAACAAGAGAAUGGAAAUUAUUCCUGCUCAUCAGACAUUCAAUUUUCCAUGGUUCAAGAUAGCCUUGAGACAUUUAAUGCUGUCAGGUUUAAUGACAGUUCCUUGAAUGCCCAAACAAUUUCAAGUCACAGAGAAAGAAGUGAAAUUAAGUCAAGUGUUAAUCCAUUUGAGCUAUUAGCUAGUACAGACUCUGAGCCAUCUUCAAGAAAUUGCAAGGCUUUAGGGCAAAGACCCGCAAGCAUCCUGCUAGAGGAAUCAUCCUUUCCCCCACUUCCAAAUGCUCCAAGCUGCAGUGUGCAAAGACCAAAAAUUGCUACGAAUGGAUUAAGUGGGAACACAAUGGCUGCUCACCUGCAUCACAGGAACGCUGUAAAAGUUCUCAAUUCUUCUUGGGCUUCACGAGCAGCAAAUCAUUACCCUAACUAUUUGUCUAGCAGUUCUUACUACUCGAGGCCUGUGUUGGAUUCUGGGCUUUUAUCAUCAUCUAUUUCUCAGAGCUCUUCAAUUAAGCUGGCAACUACUAAUGAACACGUGCUAUCCAGUUGGGAAAGCUCUAUUCAAUCUAAACCAUCAGCUCCUAAUAACCUGGUUUCAUCUUCAAACUUUGCAAGUUCAUCAAGGUUCCAAAGUAGCACCACCAAGGUCUGCUGCUCUUCUUCAUCUCAAAACCUUGUUAACAGAGAAACUCUUGACAUAUCCUUUUCUGACCCUCACGUUAAGAAAGUGACCUCAAGUAGCAAGUUGCUGUUGAAAGAAGAUGCUCAAUGUGCUAAUAAGGCUCUGGUGGAAAAAAUUCGUGCUUCUUUAGAUUUUGAUAAGGACAAAUAUGCUGCCUUUAAAGUAAUAUCUGUGGAGUAUCGCCAGGAUUUAAUUGAUACCGGGGAGUAUCUUGCUUAUGUGCAUCAAUUUGGCCUGUCACAUUUGGUUCGUGAGCUAGCUAUGCUUUGUCCCAAUGCUCAGAAGCAAAGAGAGCUUGUUGAGAUUUACAUGUACAAUACAAGGAGGAAUGGGUCUAAUGAAAAUGGUCAUUCCAAAAGCAAAAAAAGUUCAAAGAAAGGUAAAGAGAAGUGUGAAGAUAAUGGGAUUUAUCAUCCAGAAAAUGCUCUGGCUGAAACUAUUAGUAGGGAGACAAUGAACUUGCAAUUAAAUCAUAAACCUUUAUUGGAUGAAGAAAAGAUCUUAUCAGAGGCUGUAUGUCACUCGGUGAAAGGCAAAUCCAAGAUUUUGGUUGACGAACAAGGUAACCUAAAUUCGUCAACAGAGCCAAGGAACAAGAAUGAUGCUCGGUCAGUUAAUGGUUGCCCGGAGAAGAAUGUGGGAGCUCGAGGAGGGAAUAAGUCUUACAAAAAACUGCCAAAGUUCCUAAAAAACCGAUUUGGUGAUAUUUCAGCUGCUCAACUUCCAGAUAAAGGCACUCCUGAUGCUGGACCUGGUGGGGCUGAUGAAAAAACGUGUUGGAAGAAAAAUCCACCUGAAACGUUACCAAUUCGUGGAGUUUGGCAGAAUGGUGGAGGUCGAAGGCUUGUGAUGAUGACCCAGAGAGACCGGAAAAGGUGAUCUCCAGGGUAGUGCUGUUUGUAAGAACUGAACGCCUGUUAUCAAACAUGAUUAUAGCGUCCCUUUGUAUUAGUUUCUGCAUGUCGUAGAUAUGCAUUCUAAGAUGCAUCCCGCUUAAGACUGAGGAGGAAAUUUUGAUACAUAAAAGGGAAGUUGGUCCUGUUUAUGUUUUUGAAAAUUAUCUAACUUCUUCCUUCCUUCC